AUGAGUUCAAGUUCUGCACAUCCUUAUCGUCAAGUCACUUCUUCCAGCAGUAGUGCAACAACUACAGGCACGUCCACUACUCCAUAUCCCCUCCUGGACUUCAACCAAGCUAGCCAAAGUGAUCGCUCUGAUAGUUCGCCCAGUAUGACCGAGGUUACCUCUGGUAUGGAAGAUUUGCAUUUACCUCCUAAUCAUAACAGCAAGCCAUAUAUACCGCACGGCAAUCAACAACAACAACAACAACAGCAUCAGCAGUCACAAUAUGGCUCAGAAAAAGUUCAUCAAUAUGGGUAUGAACCUAUUCCCCCACCCCAGCACCAAUAUCAGUACCAUCACCAGCAACAACAACCACAGCAAAAUUACGCGCGUCAUGCAUCAGCGCCACAGCAUCAACAACAACAACAACAACAACCACAGCAGCAACAGCAACCACAACAGCAUUCUCAAAGACACAAGUAUAAAAGCUUAUUAGAUGAUGGUUCCGGUGACAAGCAACAGCGUUUAUCCAGUUUACCUAUUCAUUUGGUACCAAAUGUUUCCCACUCGUCCUCAAACAACUCUUCUCCUAGAAUGACUGGUCAAAUAUCACCAAGCCAACAACAUUUCUACCAGCAAGACCAACAACAACAACAACAACAACAGCUGCAGCAGCAACACCCCCAGGAGGAACAGUCCUCCUACCCGGUUGUGUUUAACUCGCCUACAAUUGGUAUCACAUCGCCAUCUUCGGCGCCAUAUCCUCUUUAUGACUCCACUUCAGCAUCACCUCCACCAGUAUUUGCAAACAAGGAUAAUGGUAUUUCGUCGCCACCUUCCAACCCAUUAUCGGCUACUUCUUCGGUAGUCAAUCUCAAUCUCAACAACAGCAAUGCAAACACAUUGGAUCAUCAAGUUUUCAGUAGAUCAGAAAACAACUUGAGUACACCAUCAGUCGCUGUGUCUACCAGCAACAAUAAAUAUGGCCACAAUCGUUCAGUUUCAUCUACAUCGUCGUUUUUCUAUGAUCGUAAUGAUAACUCAUCCAUGAUUGACUUCAAUCAGAAUGUGAUUCAACUGUAUCUCGGUUCAAACUCGGCCAACUUGUUACCCAGAAUCAAGACGUUGGAAUUGUAUCGGAAAAAUGCCAAAAAAUCAAACGAUCCAAAUGUAUUGUUUCAGUAUGCACAAUAUAUGUUGCAAACGGCAUUGAUGUUGGCUGUUGAAUCAUCGUCUACGACAGCAUUAGCAGCAAAUGGUGCUGCUGCUGGUGUUGGUGGUAGUUCUAGUUCAGGUAGCAACACCCCCUUGAACAAUGGGUCAAUUGAAAAUUCACCUCGCAAGCCAGACGCUUCAAGUAAAGACAAACACAAAAAGAGUAAAUCUAUCGACUUCUCCACUAUUGAGGUUGAAGGCAAUGAAAAGAAGUUGCGUAGAGCGUUCUUAAAGGAAGCAGUGUACUACUUGAAGAAAUUAUCAGAUAAAGGGUACACUGAAGCUCAAUAUUUAUUGGGAGACGCUUAUAGUUCCGGUGCAUUGGAUAGAAUUGAUAAUCGAGAUGCAUUUGUUCUUUUCCAGGCAGCAGCCAAACAUGGGCAUGUGGAAAGUGCAUAUCGCACGUCAUACUGUUAUGAAGAAGGGUUGGGUACCGGUAGAGAUGCGAGAAAGGCUGUUGAAUAUUUGAAAAUUGCCGCUUCGAGGAAUCAUCCAUCGGCAAUGUACAAAUUGGGGGUGUAUUCAUUCUACAGCCGGAUGGGAUUGCCCAACGAUAUGAAUACCAAGAAAAUGGGUAUCAAGUGGUUGACUAGAGCCACCAACGUUGCUACUGAACUAACAGCGGCAGCUCCGUACGAGUUGGGUAAAUUGUACUAUCACGGAUUCAAAGAUAUCGUAUUGCAAGAUGUCAAGUAUGGAUUGGAAUUGUACGCACAAGCAGCAUCAUUGGGCCAUACACAAUCAGCCGCGAUAUUGGGUCGUCAUUACGAAAUUGGUGAAGUUGUCCCUCAAGACUCAAACUUGUCGAUCCAUUACUACACCCAAGCUGCACUUGGAGGCGAUCCAAAUUCAAUGUUGGCCAUGUGUGCAUGGUACCUCGUUGGGUCCGAUCCGUAUUUGCCCAAGGAUGAACAAGAGGCAUUUGAAUGGGCAAAAAGAGCAGCCAUGUGCAAUUUACCAAAAGCUCAAUUUGCCUUGGCCAAUUUCUAUGAAAAGGGUAUUGGAUGUGUUCAGAAUAGUAAAGAAGCACAGACUUGGUACACUAAAGCAGCCGAGAAUGGCGAUGCCAAGUCGUUGGCUCGGUUGAAUGAUAAAGAAGCUGCAGCAAAGAUUCAAAAGAAGUUGAAGAAGAGACCAGUUGUUAGUGAUGCUGAUGGAAGCGCGGCUCAGGAGAAGGACUGUGUUAUUAUGUAG